AUGAUUGAAAUUCUUGACCAGACUCGAUGGAAUUUGCUUUUUUCACUUUACAUUCAUUCCUUCACCUUUUGUCUCUUUUUCUCUUUUUUUCUCUCUUUUUUUUGUCUUUCUUUUUUCUGUCUUUCUUUCUUUUUUUCUCUUUCUUUUUCCUCUCUUUUUUCUCUUUUUUUCUUUUUGUUUUUUUGUCUUUUUCUUUCUUUUUUCUCUCUCUUUUUUCUCUUUUUUUCUUUCUUUUUUCUCUUUUUUUCUGUCUUUCUUUUUUCUCUUUUUCUUUCUUUUGUUUUUUCUCUUUUUCUUUCUUUUCUCUUUUUUCUUUCUCUUUUCUUUCUUUUCUCUCUUUUUCUUUUUUCCUCUCUUUUUCUUUCUUUUUUUCUCUUUUCUUUCUUUUUUCUCUUUUCUUUCUUUCCUCUCAUUUUUCUUUCUUUCUUUUUUCUCUUUUCUUUCAAUUGUUGCCAUUUUUUUUUUCAUUUUUUCUAA